AUGGAUGCACUGCCCAUCUACCAUGGGGGCAUCUCCCGUGAGGCUGGGGAGAAGCUGCUGCUGGCGGCGGGCACUGAUGGCAGCUACCUGCUGCGGGACAGCGAGAGCAUCCCGGGAGCCUACUGCCUCUGUGUGCUGCAUCAGGGUUAUGUUUAUACCUACAGACUGUCCAAGACAGAAACUGGGUCCUGGUGUGCUGAGACAGCGCCCGGCGUCCACCGGAGGCACUUUCGGAAAGUGCACAACCUCAUUUCGGCCUUCCAGAAGCCUGACCAAGGCAUCAUAACACCUCUACAGCACCCCGUCAUCAACCACAUGACCAAAUACCUGCCUGGGAUAAAUGAAGGCCGUGACUUCCACCUGCAGCCAUCAUGA